GGCGGCGCCAGCACUUUUCACCUCCAGAAUGUGCGCCCUGGCCUGCAGUAGUGAUGGGGGUAGCGCGAAGCGGGCAGGCGUGCGGAGGACCGCGCGCCGACUAGCUAUGGCGAUUCACCAACACUGCUGCGGCGCGUACACUGAGCAGGCGCUCCAGCACCCGAGGCGCUAACGCAGCCUGCAUCGCGUAUUGUUGUGAAUGAGGGAUGCGAUGACGUCAGCGCUCGAAUGUCAACAAUGUUGCGAUUGAGAGUAGGCGUUCCAUUAGAGAGUAACAAACAGGAGAGAAGGAGCCUGCACGCUGCAGUGGAUCAACAACACACGCUGACAUUUAUAGAAAGAGCGCAAAUAUUCUAUUUAUACAUUAGCCAAAACUCCUUUUACUCCAAGAAAUUACCGAGCAAUUUAAACCCUAUCUUACCACCUCUUCUCCAGCUCGGAGGCUUUAGGAAAACUCUGCAAGGAGCCACCAUGUGAAAACAUUCUUGUAUGGAAAACAGACAAUAAGACUGGAUUGUAAGGAGUAAAAAUAAACGAGAGUUAAAGGUCUUUUCUUGCUGCUGACGCAAUACAGAUGAGAUGUGUUACCACUAUUGACUCUACUUGUGAGCGCAGGUCAGUCAUCAUGAUCUUGAUCGCACUACCUGCCCAGGCCAGACGCAUCUAGUCAACAUUCCUGCCAGCUUUGCAAAACUGGAAAUGCUGAUUGCAGAGUAAUUCUUGGAGCCUUCACAGCAGAGCUGAACCAUUUUUGAAAGAAGUGCUCAAUGGACAGUUAAAAAUCUCUGUUGAAGUCUCAAGGGUGUGAGCGGAAUGUCCGUGGAUGAGAAGACUGAAUCCCCCAUGUAUGUAUAUGAGUCAACAGUUCACUGUACCAACAUCAUCCUGUGCCUCAAUGAUCAGCGGAAACAGGAUAUCCUCUGUGAUGUGACUGUGAUUGUUGAAGGGAAAGGGUUCCGAGCCCAUCGGGCUGUCUUGGCUGCCUGCAGUGAAUACUUCUUACAAGUUUUGGUGUCACAAACUGAGUAUGAACUGGUUAUUACUUUACCAGAAGAGGUCACUGCCAGGGGAUUCGCCCCAUUGUUACAAUUUGCCUACACUGCUAAGUUACUGCUUAGCAGAGAAAAUAUUCAAGAGGUCAUUCGUUGCGCAGAUUUUUUGCGCAUGCACAACUUGGAGGACUCCUGCUUCCGGUUCCUUGAAGCCCAGCUGCUAAGUGAGGAAGAUGGGUUGCUUUUGUGCCGUACAGUUGCACCCUACCCCCAGUCUCAGGAAGAUGAGAACUCCGAGGGGGAGAAUGAGAGCAUGCAAUCAGAGACCACUAAGAUCAACCCUCCUAGGUCUAAGGUUUCUGCUGACAGUCUCAGCUUUGAUAAGGCAAGCACCCUCCUGGAAGAUGAAACUUUGGGUGUGCCAAUUUCCACCGUAUUCCAGGAUGGCAGGACUGAUUUUGAGAAACAUGGAGUGUCUGAUCUACCCCGAUGUCCCAAAUAUAGGAAGUAUCAACUGGCUUGUACCAAGCACAAUAAUGAUGCAUCAAGUACCUCAGGUUUUCCAAGCACGUUUAAGGACACAAGCUGUGGCAGCGGUGGUGCAAGUGCUUGUGGACUUGACAUUGGCCAGAUCAAACAUGAGCCACGGCCAGACGAAGAGAGCAUCUCACUCAGCCUGUCUGGUGAUGAGCAGGAAUUGAAAGAAAAAGAUGGAGUGGCUGAUGUAGAAAUGGACUGUAAGCCACACAGCCCAAUCUAUGAAGAUCGGGCCAAAAGUAAAUCACCUUCAUGUUUGAGGUCUUUAUUUAAAAAAGGAAUUGAACUGGUAAGUUUGCCUAACAUGCCACAGCAUGAUUUUACCAACAGACCAGCGUGUCCAGAAGACACGGGAGUUACUCAGGGUGACAACAGAAAUGACUAUGGGCCUCUGAAUAGAGAUCUGGGCCAGCCUACAUCAUCUCAGAAGGAGCUUCCUAGUUUCCAAGUGGGAAUAUCCUUGAAGACUCCAUCUUGUGAGGCAAUCUGUAAGCAGGAGGUAGAGCUUGACCGCAGGAGUGUAAUUUUUUCCUCAGGCACAUGUGAGAGACUGGGAGCUCCCGCACAUUCUUAUCCCAUUGGAAAUUCUUUGGAUAAGGAACUCUCGGAGAACAUGCCAAAGGGCCUGUGGGCUGGUGCCAGUCAGUCCCUUCCAAGUUCACAGGCCUACUCCCCUAGUGGACUGCCCUCGGAACCCAUGCUGCAGUGCAGGUCACGACCCAACACCAGCUGCCCAGUGCCAAUCAAAGUGUGCCCCCGAUCCCCUCCUUCAGAAACAAGGACCAGAACUUCUAGCUCCUGCUCUUCCUACUCCUACGCAGAAGACGGAAGUGGAGGUUCUCCUUGCAGUUUGCCACAGUUUGAAUUUUCCACAUCACCUUGCUCACAGGGAACCCGCUGUUCAACAGUUGAUCAGCAAGAUACAAAUAUGGUUGGUGAUACAGUAUACAAAAAGGUUCGUCCCAAAAUAAAAUGUGAGCAGUCAUAUGGAACCAAUUCUAGUGAUGAGUCUGGCUCGUUCUCUGAAGCAGACAGUGAGUCGUGUCCGACUCAAGAAAGAGGGCCAGAGGUCAAGCUUCCUUUUCCAGUAGAUCAAAUCACAGAUCUUCCAAGGAAUGACUUCCAAAUGAUGAUAAAAAUGCACAAACUGACCUCAGAGCAACUAGAGUACAUUCAUGAUGUCCGUCGGAGGAGCAAGAACCGUAUUGCUGCCCAACGCUGUCGGAAGAGGAAGCUUGACUGUAUUCAGAAUCUUGAAUGUGAGAUUCAUAAACUGGUAUGUGAGAAGGAAAAGCUGCUUACAGAAAGGAAUCAACUGAAAGCCUGUAUGGGAGAACUGUGGGAGAAUUUUUCAUGUCUUUCCCAGGAGGUGUGCAGGGACGUGCAACUGAGCCCUGAGCAGAUUCAGUCUCUGCACAGGAACUGCCCUGUACUCAGGCCUGUGGAUCAAAGUGGCCCCACAACAGCCACCAGCAUUAAACCUUCCUCCUCCUCUUCCUCCACCAAUUCUCCAACCCCAGGACUAGAAAAAAACUUCAUGCUGUCCCAGUGUAAGGAGAAAAGCAUUCAGUGCUGCACAGAACCCAGCACUGCCUCUUUGGGGGCACAAUGGUUCCCAGGCAAAGAAUCAGAAAACUGCCUAACUGAUGUAGCACUUGACCCAGGUGCUUACCUAGAACGGGGGGCUAAUGUGGAACAGUACAGUCAAACCGUCACUGUAGACUUUUGCCAAGAAAUGACUGAAAAAUGUACAACUGACGAACAGCCUAGAAAAGACUGUACUUAGAAAGAAAAUUUUGAUUUUUUUUAAGUCUCUUCUACCUGGAGGGAGGUGGGCCAGUCAGCUUCUGCCAGUGUUCAUUAGGUCAUUUUUCUUUUUAAAAUGGUUGACACUACAGUUGUCUUAACAGAAGCAAUACUGCUCUCCAGGUGUUCCCUCUUUUAAUAUAAAAAUUUGACUGAAAUCGUUACAAUGGUGCUACACCUUGCUUUGAUGCAAGGAAUGCAGCAGUGGUAACACUGCUUUUUUAGGUUGGAAUUCAAUUAUACCAGGGAUGGGCGCAGACAGCAUCUCAGAUUAUAACCUUUUAUGGACCUGGUAAUCGUUUUCUGUUCUGUUUUUCUUCUCUGUCUCUUGGUGGCCCUUGUCACAGCAAUGCAAACUCAGGAAUUCUUCUGAAUGUUCAUUAAAUUAAAUAGUUACUUUACAUCAUGCAUUGUAUACAGCCACUGGACUGUAUCAUGUAUUCAUAUGCAAAAAUCUGUUGAGCAUCACUGCAUAUUAGCGUUUUUAAAAUAUGAGCCCCUCACUUGUAUUGUACAAAAGUUUGAAUUCAAACAUUCCUCUAUUGCCUUUUAUCAUAUUUAAAGAAAAUCAAAGGAAUAACUAAGAAUGGCGAGGUGGCUAAUUAGCUCACAUCAGCAAUAUCACUCUUUGUCUACUUGAUUGAUGGUUUUGUAUUUUUUUUUUUGUAUAUAUUGUGGCACUCUCCCAUGGUGCCAUGUAAGCAUGGUGAUAUAGUUCAAAAAAGAAAAGCUAUUAAAAAUUCAGACAUGAAGUUUAAUAUUCGUUGACACCAAGAUGUGAGUGACAUCUCUGACAGGGGCUGAGUGGUGUCGUUGAAUCUCAUUUCUGUUUCCUGUCCUUGGUAAGUUCCCCCAUUUUUGUCUUUCUGUUCCUUUUUCAGAAAGCUAUUCUUACACUCAGGAUAUUGGCCUUGUGAAGAUGAUUAAAAAUAUUAGCAAAUUUCUCGAAUGUAAUGGCCUUCUAAACUCGAGUGUUAAAAAUAGUGGGUUUGUUGUGGGAAUACAGGUAUGUGAAAAUCCAGCUAAUGGAUUUUUUGUAGGAUAUUAACUAAUUGGAAGCUAUUAAUGAUAUACUGAACCUCUUUUUGUAGGACUGUAAUAUGUUUAAAUCAAUGUGCAAGAGUAAAGGUUGAAACAAUGAAAAUGUCAUAUGGGGCAUACUUUCCAUAGGUUUAACGGUACAGCACUCGGUCGUUUUCCUUUCCUUUGUUGGGACACAGUGUUGGAGGCGUUGAUAGGAAGCCAAUUUUAAGCUAUGCUCUUAUCGGAGUUCUCCAGUGGGUCAUACAUUUGAUGGUUUCACUACAACAAGUUCUCUCAACUCCUUUCAAAUGUUAGCACUUUGAACCAAAUGCUUCAAGCACUCACAAUGCAAAUCAUCUGUUCAGAAUAUAUUUUGUACCUACUUUUUCAAAUGUUGAAAGUUAGAGUAGGAUCUUAAUUUGGCACUUAUAAAAGAAGAUGAAAACCAUAAGGUUAUUAAAAUAUUUUAAUCUUUAGCAAGUAUCAUAGAAUGAAAAGGAAUACUGUCUGCACCUCAUGUAUAAGCUAAAAUGUAAAGGAAUCUAAGUGAUAGUACCUGUGCUCCUUGAAGUUUUGGCAGUGAUGCCAAAUUUAUUUGGAAGAAAAAGCAAAGUGGAUAAUAUUUUAAAAUCCCUUUGAUGCACAUUUGUAUUUGAUUGGCUACAAGUAAUCACAUGACCAAUUGUAAAUUGCACUAUUAAAUUUAAAACUGGUCAAGAGCUGCAUACAAUUAGAUUUAACAACAGCUGUGCAUAGGUUUGUUGCACCCUAAAUGCAUAGUGUUUUAGAAUUGCAUAGCGAUUAACUUUUUUUUGGGUAGUGUAAAUAGAGAAAGAGGAAAAUAAAAAACUUGAAAAAAAAUCUCUGAGCAGUCACCUCAAGUGGAAAAGCAAAUGUACGUAUAUAUUUAUAUAUUUUUUUUAACUGCCACAUUUUUUUCUCUGUCACUGGUGCACCGCUACUAAGGUUUGUGCUUCCUUUCUGCUUAGUAGUUGGCACAUGACAGAGAGUAACCUUUCCCCAGAUAUAAGAUGGGUCUGUCUUCCCAUGAGUGGAAGUCAACCUUUGUGUAACAAAUGGAACAUGAUUGCAAUAAUUGCCUCAACUUUAUUUCUGCUCCUCUUGUUGGUUCUUCCACAGUGACAAAGAUAUAGCUUAACACCUGCUUUAUUAACAUGUCACCAAAUUAGUAGGGAGUAUGGGUAAUAAUAGCGUUCUUAUUUUUGUCAACUUCAGCUGGCAUAUUUGGCAAUGGAUGGUUUCCUGUCUAAUCUGAGAUCUGGCACAUACUUUAGGCAGCAUCAAAGACACAGGAAAAGAGCGAGUACUAAAAGCAAGGAUUAUGUGUGCGUAAAUUAUUUAUAAGCUAUAACCAUUCAAUAUACAUUUAAUAUAUAUAUAAAGAAAGAAAAAGUAAGUGUUGAUUCCACACUAAAAUGAAAUAGACAUUAGACAUAAAAGGUUAGGACUGUGAAACCUUUCAGUGCAUAAUUCUUGCAGUUAACCCACUUAAGAUUUUUCAGUUUGGCAUUAAUGCUUACUUUUUUUUGCUUUUUCCGAAGCACACUGUAUUUUUUACAUUCACUUUCAUCCAUUUACACACACACUGACAAAGAAAAGCAUACUUGAUUUUGGAUAAGAAAAAUGGAUUUGUGUUCAUUUGUAGUUACUGCUGUCAUGCAGCAUCCAUCUCAUUUACCUUAUGCAAUCCUUUCUUCCUGUAUUCUUUCAAAAGGAAAAAAAAAUUGAUAAGCUGUUUCCCACCAAAUGAACAAAUGAAGAUCUAAUCAGUAAUGAUAAAGCAGUAGUGGUCUGGCAGGACUUCAUUUAUUGCAGCCACUCAAUAUAAAAAUGUUUAUUUGAAGUGUAUUGACCUUUUGAAAAUUAACUCAAAUAUAUAAUAAUCAUUAAAUAGUUGUUUUUAUUUAUAAUAAGUACUUUUGCAUCCAAUUUUCUAAAAUGCAUGAAAAGACAAUGUAUUGAACUUUUAACUUUCAUCAAGCUGUGAGUGUCUUUCACUUCUGUAUUGUUGAAUAAUGUGAAUUUGCUUUCGUGUUUGCCUUCUUAUAUCUUUCUGAAGCACCUGUCUGCACAAGUGUCCAAUGAAAUCCUCACUAAAACCAGACCUGACCUGACCAAAGCCAAUCUUAACCAGCCUGACCCUGAGGUCUUAAUAUUUCACAUUCAUUACCAUAGUGACUUUAAAACCUUUCAAAUGGGUUACCUCCAUAGAUAUUCCUGCAGGUUUCCUUAAAUGAGUAGGAAAGGCAUGAAAAUAUAAUUGCUACAGAUGCCAGUGGCAGCAUUCAUCUCCUAAACAAAUAUUUUAUUUUUAUUUUUAAAGUUCAUAUCUACCAAUAUCACAGAGCAUACAAUUGCGGCUGACCCUUUUUUUUUUUUUUUGUAGGUGUUGAUGCCGAGAUAAUCUCUGUCCCUGUAAAAAGUAUAGACCACUUCAAGUGGUUUGUCAAAAUAUCUUCUAUAUAGACACAUGUCAUAUAGUGCCCUGCUUUAUUUAUUUAUCAUUGAUAUACUAUUAUUGUUUACUCAUAUGGGCUAAACAGUAGGCUUUGCCUGUAUUAAUAAUACAUUUGGAAACUGUAGCUGCUAUGAAAGUAUAUAGCUGACCUCGUGGAAAACAGCUAACUAGACCAUGCCCUGAAGAAUAAAGUGUUAAAUAAUGAUAGGUGGAGGUAUGAACAAUAGUAGUGCAGAUGUAAAUGUGGGCAAAUGUCUUACACAUCAAAGAGCACUGCUACAACUACAGUUAACAUCUUUUUUCAGUAUUGUAAUUUUUCCAUUGCUGUUAGUGAAUGACUCCAUUCAAUAGCAAAUCCCUUCUGCAUGUUAUCAAUACUUGCUGCUGAGCCGCCUGCAACUACCCUUUUACACUUCCUUAGUUACUCUUCUCCUUCCUGCUUGUCAUUUGCAAUGCCACUUUCAUGAAAUUUAACUAUACGAAGUUUUCAACAAUUAUAAGCAAACUGCUGAAAUUUUGUGUUCCGCGAUGGGGAAAAAAACUAUGACAAAAAUGUUAAUUUCACAAACUAAUCAGAAAUUUUAAAACUUGAGUAUCUAAAAGGGACUAGCAGGUUAAAAAGUAUGGUGUCCUUUGAAUGACAUCAAAAACAGAUUUGUGUCAUUCUUAACUACUCCAUAUGAGAGACAUAUUUGCAACUUUGUAAACAGAGAGAAUUGUGUUUUUACCAAAGUUGUUUUUGGUCAUAAAAGAAGUUGGUGUUCUGACUCAUUAGGCACACUAGCAAGAAUGUGUGCCCAAAAUAAACCUAACAUUCCCACUUAAAGCCACAGUGCACUAUUGUCAUACAUAAGAGAAGCCUAGCUGGUUGCUGCACUUAACUGACUUCCCUCUAAAGGGCCAUUACCUAUUUUAAAUUUCCCCAUAGACCCAUCAACCAUUAGUGGGCUGAAAUGGUUUCUCUGGUGUUAUCAGAGGCUCUUGUGUGUUUGGUGUGGUUUUUAUGUAGCAGUAAAUUUAGCCCCUGAUUCUACAAGCCAGUCCAGUGCAAAGCAUCACUUUCUUCAAAGAAUUUGGUGCCAAGCUUUAAGAAUACAAAUGUGAAAAUAUCUUGAACCACUGCUCUUAUACAUACAUACAUACAUACAUACAUACAUACAUACAUACAUACAUACAUACAUACAUACAUACAUACAUGUAUAUAUAUAUAUAUAUAUAUAUAUAUAUAUACGUACACAUACACAUAUAUAUACACCAUUUAAUAAGCUAUGUUGAUUUCUACCUUUUUAUGUGUUUGCACUUGCUCUACAUUUUUAUUAUUUUAAAUAACUUAAACAUUAGUGAGCCUCUUUUCCAAAUAGAAGAAUAUAUGCAUGACAUAAUGAGAGAGAGAUUAGAAGUUGGUCUCAAUCCAUUGCAAAUCCUGUCACAGAUAUGAGAUUACUUUUAAAUGUUUACUUCAUCUUCAAAGUAAAGCUGGGAUUGUUGUAAAUUGACGCAAUCAUUAUACUUGUCAGCAGUGUCUUCCUUUUCUCCCAGCAGAUCUUUGAGAUUUUUAAUAUUCUAAAGAAAAGGCCCCUGCCUACCCAUCUGGGUCUGGAAAGCUUAUUUGCAUUACCUAAGCACAUCAGUGAGCUGAUAACAGGGUCCCAUAUUUAUGGCCAGUCUUCCUAACCACUUUUUUGGCUUUAUGGACAGAAGCAAAUUGGCUUAAACUCAAUUUGAAUUCUCCCUUACUUUACUAGCGCCUUUGCUCUAAGUUCAAGUCAGGUUUAAGGUUUGCAGUUGCCAGUCAUUUGGUUAAUUUUGUAGCCCAUUUUUUAAAGACUGCCAGGAUUUAUGUGUAGUCUUUUGCAGUAGAUUUGUGUUUCAUAGCUGCUGAUAGCUUUUAUUCAUAUGCUUUGUCCAUUUUAGUAGUUACUACUUCUUAAACUGUAUAGUGUAGAUCUUCUAUUGUUUGUUGUUGUCUCAAGGUGCCUUGAAUUUAAUUUUUUGUCCAAGUUGAUUCUGGAACAGACAUUAAUGCCCCCCAAACUUCAUGCUUUUCUCUUUAUUUGUAACACAAAAGCAGUUCAUUUUAAUAAGUUAAUUUAUUUUCUUUGAUAUCUUCCCCUGUUUUAUCAUCUUUGAAUAAAUGGGGCACAUCUGAGAAAAAGCUCCAUUUACAAGAUUUGCACAAAUGGAAAACCGAAAAGGGCUAUAUUAUGCAUUUUUGAAAAGAGAAAUGUGAAAAGAGCAUUGUGAACAAAUCUAGUGGGAAACCGCAGUUUGAGGGCUCAUUUCUUUCUGCAGUCAACCCCCCAUGUUCUCAUUUGCAAUAAGUAAUUCUACCAGUAAUUUGGCUAAUACCAUCAGAACAAAGUCAACUGCCAAAAACAUGCAAUGUACAGUAAGUAUUUUCACUAACUAAAAUGCUGCUUACACAGUGACUAUUUCUGACAUUGUAAGUUAUAUUUCUGGUGAAUGGUGGAGUUGAAAAUGUGAUGUACCAAUAGGUGAUGAUGAUGAUAGCUGGUGUGUUUUACUGCUGCUUACUGAGUCAGUAUUAAUCCUGGCUUUGUUGUUAAUCAAUGAGUGGCAAGUACAAGACUCGCCUCUUAUUGAUUCCUGAUGGCUGAAAUUUAUACUUAUGUCAUCCACCCCCAUCUCCCAAAAGUCUAAAGGUGGGCAUGACCCACCGGUGCUCUUGAAUACUGUCCAGUGGCUUUGUUUAUAUGAUUGUUUGUUUCAGAAUCAUUUGGAUACAAGUGCACCUCCAACUCUUUGCCUUACGACUCUCAGAGGCCAUAUUCACAACAGGGUGAAAUUAGUGUUUGCAGAGGGGCUUCCAAGCUCUGAGUCCCAGGUUAGCAGUAUGGACUUUUCACACACUUAUCUACCUGUAAAAUCUUUCAUACCUCUCAUAACUGGUCAAUGACUGUAUCAACAAAUUGCAUAAGGUGUUUUUUCUACAUGCUUUUUACACAGAUUUUAUGGAAUUAAUGUUUUCGUAGAUAUGGUGCAUCUUUUUUUAAUGUACUAGUUCUUAUGCUCGUAAUCUGAGAUUUUUUUUCUAGAAGUGUUUGUGUUUAUAUUGUUGAUAUGAGAUAGCUGUUAAUGCUAAUUCUGUUACCAAGAAUUUUUACCUUUUUUGUUUACUUUUAUUUUUUUAUGUUUUUUUUUUUGUUUUUUUUUCAAAAUCGCUAUGACCCUAAUAGGUUUUAUGAUGUUCUCAACUGAGUGUAAAUACAAUAUUGUGCAAAACAAUCCCCUUUUCAUUCAUUUAAAUUGAAAGUGUUACAAAUAACUGAUUUUUAUGUCUAGACACCAUUUCUGUUAAUGAAAUAAAGAACAUAUCAUUAUGUACCAUUA